UGCUCGCAGCGGAAAAGGUUGUUGCUACAAGGAAGAAACCACAGCGUGCCUUCUGCUGCUGCACCGGACGAUUCAAAACACGUUGAGCUCAAACCGAGGAUGACUGACUCGUCGCUCCUCAACUCUGAGCUGGAGUCACAGCAACAAGAGGAACUGUACCAGCAGCUGCUGCUCCAGACGAUGGGGAAGCUGCAGACAGAAACUCCAGAGUCCACACUAAUCCGGCCUCAACCAGGACUGUGUGUGAAGACGUUCUCGGAGCCCGAUAAGCAGAAGGUUUUCAUAAAUAUCUGCCAGUCGACCUCUGUCCCACCCCCGCCGGAGCUCUCCAGAGAGGAGCUUGUGCAGCUGCUCCAGUCGGAGGAUCCCAGCGGCUACAGAGUUCCGAUGAGCCUUGGCGAGCCGCAUGCAGAAACUGAUAACAACUCUCAAGGUUGCACAGCCUAUGACGUCGUCAUCAACCAGGACUUCUUCCAGAAGAGUCAGAAGGAUCCUCUGUUCCAGCAGUUUGUUAUCUUGGUGUCUGUGGAGGGCCUGGAGAACAAAUACAGUCUAGAGCUAAACAGAGACUGGAAAGUGCUGAAGAACAGAAAAUUCCUUGGCUCUGUCAGUGAGCAGAACAUCCGGACAAAGAGCAGGCCGGUGAUCCAGGAGCUGCAGCCUCAGGAAAAUGCCCCAGCGUGUGUUAAAAGACCAGAAUGCUUGCUGUUGGUGGAGCCCCCUAGUGGACCCCCAGAGUACCUCAUUGCAGAGAUAAAGCUCCCUGGAGUGUCAUCAUCUCGCUCUCUGGUUCUGGACGUCGGAGAAGACCGGCUAGUGUUGACGGCGCGACCGUCGCUCUACCACCUCGACAUCUUCCACCCGUUCUUGGUUGACCAGCAGAACAGUGUGGCGCAAUAUAACAAGACCACACAGAUUCUCACCGUCACCAUGCCAGUGGGCUCAUGAUCCCCAUGCUGAAGAAUCUUAUUUAUGUUUUUCUAUAAAAAAAUAAAAAGUGCUAUGAAAAUUAAAGGUUUUUCUUGUUAAAAGUGAAA